AUGAAGGGUGCCACACCAUCCCCCAGUCCGGCGCCCGGACCGAAAGCUUCGCCAGCCCCGAAAUCCACACCUCCCGCCGCAGGGAUCAAGCGCAAAAGAGUCCCCGCCGCAAAAUACUAUGCUGUCAAGGCAGGCUUCAAGCCGGGCAUUUACUAUGGAUGGCCAGAGUGUUUGGCUCAAAUAACAGGGUUUAAGGGAGCUAUUUUUCAAUCGUUUUUAAGCCAUGAAGAUGCCACCGCAUUCUUGAAUGGUGCAAAGCCUCCGUCCCGUGGCGGUGCGGAGGGCGCCGAAAGAUAUUAUGGGAUACAGCGAGGCCGCGUUCCUGGGGUGUACACGGAUUGGUCGAAAGCACAGGAGCAGAUCCAAGGGUUUACGCGCCCGCGAUAUCGCAAAUUCUCGACGCGGGAGGAGGCCGAGGAGUUUGUGAGAGAAGGACAGGCGCAACCUGCAGUUGUCUUUGGUAGUGCAAAGAAACCCACUGGACCGCAUGGUAUCCGGGGCGAGAAUCCCAAAAACGCAGAAGGCGUCGAGUAUGCGCCCGGGGAGGGUCCUUUACCGCCAGGCGCGGAGGAUGGCUUUGAUCCCAAUGUGCUGCUGGAUUCCACCACUGGGAAGGUCAUCUACAAGACUGCACCUGAAAAGGCUGCUACCAAGACACAAGCAGCGGGGAUACCGGGGAUGCUACGGAUAUACACUGAUGGAAGUUCCUUGCGAAAUGGAACACCAUUAGCAUCUGCUGGGGUUGGAGUCUUUUUCGGACCUGGAGAUUCAAGGAACGUGUCGGAGCCGCUCAAGGGGAAUCGCCAGACAAAUCAACGGGCAGAAUUGACAGCGAUUCUACGAGCGAUUGACAUUGCGCCUCGCCACCGAGACGUAACCAUUUUCACCGACAGUAGAUAUGCAAUUGACUGUGUCACUGUUUGGUUCAUUAAUUGGCGUCGGAAUAACUGGAUGACGAAAGACAAAAAACCCGUCGAAAACCGAGACCUGGUUGAGUCGAUUCUCGUGAAGAUUGAGGAACGUCAGGAACUAAAAGUCAAGACCUUGUUUCAAUGGAUCAAGGGACAUGCCCAAGACCCCGGAAAUGAGGCCGCUGAUCGAUUAGCGGUGAAGGGAGCGCAUGAGGGUGUUAGACAGAAGGCCGAAGCCUUGGAAAAAAGUCGAGAUAUGCCUGACGAGGUAUCUGAUGAUGAUUUCUAA